AUGCACGGGGCAAGAGUGCUCAGCGCCUGCUGCCUCCUCCUGCUCUCGGGGGCGCUGUCUGCCCAGGCAGCCAGCGAGGACCCCCUGGAGAAGGUCAUUGAAGGCAUCAACCGGGGGCUGAGCAACGCAGAGCGUGAGGUGGGCAGAGCCCUCGAAGGCAUCAACAAUGGCCUCACGCAAGCCGGAAGGGAGGUGGAGAAGGUGUUUAAUGGACUGAGCCACAUGGGCACCCAGGCUGGCAAGGAGGUGGAGAGGGGCGUCAACACCGGCUUGGACAAGGUGGUCCAUGGGAUCAACAAUGGCAUCGGACACACAGGAAAGGAAGCAGAGAAGUUUGCCCAUGGGGUCAACCACGCUGCUGGACAGGUUGGGAAGGAGGCAGACAAAGUAUUCCAUCGUGGGGUCCAUCAGGCGGGAAGCGAGGCAGGGGGGCAUGCCGCGGGCCAGGCUGGCAAGGAGGCUGGGAGGCUUGGCCAAGGGGCCCACCAUGCUUUUGGCCAGGCUGAGAAGGAGGCAGAGAAGUUUGGCCAUGGGGUUCACCAUGCUUUUGGCCAGGCUGAGAAGGAGGCAGAGAAGUUUGGCCAUGGGGUUCACCAUGCUGCAGGGCAGGCUGGAAAGGAGGCAGAGAAGUUUGGCCAUGGGGUUCACCAUGCUGCAGGGCAGGCUGAGAAGGAGGCAGAGAAGUUUGGCCAUGGGGUUCACCAUGCCGCAGGGCAGGCUGGGAAGGAGGGAGAGAAGUUUGGCCAUGGGGUUCACCAUGCCGCAGGGCAGGCUGGGAAGGAGGCAGAGAAGUUUGGCCAUGGGGCCCACCAUGCCGCAGGGCAGGCUGGGAAGGAGGGAGAGAAGUUUGGCCAUGGGGUUCACCAUGCCGCAGGGCAGGCUGGGAAGGAGGGAGAGAAGUUUGGCCAUGGGGCCCACCAUGCCGCAGGGCAGGCUGGAAAGGAGGGAGAGAAGUUUGGCCAUGGGGCCCACCAUGCCGCAGGGCAGGCUGGGAAGGAGGCAGAGAAGUUUGGCCAUGGGGCCCACCAUGCCGCAGGGCAGGCUGGGAAGGAGGCAGAGAAGUUUGGCCAUGGGGCCCACCAUGCCGCAGGGCAGGCUGGGAAGGAGGCAGAGAAGUUUGGCCAUGGGGCUCACCAUGCCGCAGGGCAGGCUGGGAAGGAGGGAGAGAAGUUUGGCCAUGGGGUUCACCAUGCCGCAGGGCAGGCUGGGAAGGAGGGAGAGAAGUUUGGCCAUGGGGUUCACCAUGCCGCAGAGCAGGCUGGGAAGGAGGGAGAGAAAUUUGGCCAUGGGGUUCACCAUGCUGCAGAGCAGGCUGGGAAGGAGGGAGAGAAGUUUGGCCAAGGGGGCCACCAUAUUUUUGGCCAGGCUGGGAAGGAAGCAGAGAAAUUUGGCCAAGGGGUCCAUCAUACUUUUAGUGAGGCUGGGAAGGAGGCAGAGAAGUUUGGCCAAGGGGUCCAGGAUGCGUUUGGGCAGCCUGGGAGGGAAGCAGAGAAGUUUGGUCACGAAUUUGGCCAAGGGGCCCAUCAUGCUUUUGGCCAGCCAGCGAAGGAGGCUGAAAAGCUUGGUGAGGGGGUCCACCAUGCCGUGGGGCAGGCUGGGAAGGAGGCAGGAAAAGUGGUCCAUGGCGUUGCUUCUGGGGUCAGCCAGGCUGGGAAGGAGGUAGAGGAGUUUGGCCAGGGAGUCCACCAUGCCGUUGAACAGGCCGGAAAGGAAGCAGACAAGGUGGUCCCGGGGGUCCACGAUGGGUUCUACCAGGCUGGAAAGGAGGCAGAGAAAUUUGGCCAAGGGCUCAACCAUGCUGCUGGUCAGGCCGGAAAGGAGGCGGAGAAACUUGGCCAAGGUGUCCACCAUACUGCGCAUCAGGCCGGGAAAGAAAUGGACAGGUUGCAACAGAAUGUGCAUAAUGGGGUCAACCAAGCCGUCAAGGAGGCCAAUCAGGGUAGCACCCAUCAAGGCGGGGUUUCCGGCCAUCAAGGAGGGGCCGCCACAACGCCAUUGGCAUCUGGGGCCUCGGCCAACAAGCCCUUCAUGGAUUUGCCGGCUCUGUGGAGGAGCGUCGCCGACAUCAUGCCAUAAACUGAGGCCCAGCGGCAGCGUCCUUGUCGUCGUG